AUGCGGUGGAUUAACAUUUUACUGGCAUGGUUAGUCGGUGCAGUUGUAGCGAAAGCUACGAUAAGCCUUCCAUCGCACGUUCCUCCAGCACCAGAAUCGAUCGUUUCCUUCAUCCACGAAUGCUUUAUGCACAAUUCGAGAACAUUGUACAUAGUUGGGAUGGAAAGGCUCGCUCCCUAUCGGUGGUACCUCGAGCUGCCUUAUCCCAAAGUGAUCCUACAGAGUGGCGUUUCCAUCGGCACACCAGCCGAGACAUGUUUGCUGGUUGUAUACGUAGAUUGUAGCACACAGGACUCUAUGUUCACUGCACUGAAGAGGAUGAUGCGCGACUUUACCAGAAUCAUCCGAAACGGCAAAUAUCUCGUGCUGGUUGAUGAUGCUUACCUGUCGCAGGGAAAUGUGGCCAUUUCCGUCAACCUUGGUUCAUUUUUCGCUACGCACAACAUCGUAUACUGGGGCGUGACUGGAAUUCGUCAUACGGAAGAACUGCACUACACGUUGUAUUUCGCGUCGAAAGUUUACUACAUGACCAGUCCACUUACCCACGGGCCAGCAUUUGAGUGGAAUCGUGGACUGCUGCGUAAUAACACAUUCGAAAUCUACGGACAGGCAAUACAUGCCUUCCCGUACACCCACCGCGAAGGUGGAGGACAGUUCCGUGGUGUGGAUAUCAGCAUCUUUCACACUGUAAUGGAGAGAAUCGGGUGUGUUCUGAAGGUGCACAUCGUGGAGCAAACGGUAGAUAGCGAGAGAGACAUAGCGAAUAUUAUGAGUCGUUUGCACCGGAUGAAGCUGGACACGAUGCUCACACGCAGGCACGUGGUUGUCGGCACCUUACCGGUUGUGUACAUUCCCGACUACACGUACUACUGUUUGGUUGCUCCGCGCUCUGCCCGCAUUGAUUUGACGCAAUCGCUGCUGCGUCCCUUCUCGUCCGACGUAUGGUGGUUUAUCAUCGCGUGUGCGGUGUUGAUAAACCUUUCGAAAGAAGCAUUGAAAUGCUGUCCCCUAGUUGGGGCAUUGAUGCGGCAGCUUAGCUUCAACAGCCCCAUCCGAUCGUUCUACCGCAUUAGUUUCGCGGUAAUGUGUUUCGUUCUGAUCGAGGCAUAUCUCGCGAAGGUGACGUCCUUCUUUCUAACGCACCGUUUUCUGCCGGAUGCGCGUACGUUAGACGACUUUUUCGCUACGAACACUCCAAUUCGGCUGGAGGAGGGAAACAGCCAAUUUCUAGCAGGCCUUGAACCGCGCAUUAGGGAUCGUAUCGUCGAGCGGGGCGUAAACAGUGCGGUGUGUGCCGAGUUCACCAGCCGGUGUGCUCAUUUGGACAGUUUUGCACACGCUUCUUACAUGAUAAAUGAAAACGUUAACGUCGAUACCGUUAGUGGUAGAAAGGGGUCAUACAUUGUACCGGAAAUGCUAGCAAGUUAUAACUAUCUGGCGUACAGUUUUGCACGUGGCUCAACUUUGACCGAUUUGGUUGCGGUGUAUCUGCAGCGCAUGUAUGAGGCUGGCCUGAUGCGGCUGUAUUAUCGACAGUACGAGCAAUAUUUGCAACCGAGCAAGAACUCACACGUCGGAACGGAAAGUUCGUUAGAGUUUGGCCAUUUGAUGUCGGUGUGGAUCUGUGCUAGCAUUGGUUGGGUGGUAUCGUUUGGUGUGUUCGUAGUGGAGGUAGUACAGAGCUUGUUGGUAGGGAUGUUUCGUAAAAGACGACAGUUCCGAAAGGUGCGUGGGAAAAUGAAGAAACGUGCCGGGAAUUCAAAAGCAAAGAAUUCCAAAUAUUAUGCUUAG